UUCUGCUGCCUCUUGAGUUGAUGAGAAUUGGGGUUGCUUCGUUUGGUGUUUUGUCGUCCUCUGUUCUUGUCUUUUUUUGAGCUUUCUUAGCAGAUACUGACUGACGCCAGCAGCUCUGACAAUUUCGUAAAUCUAUUGGGUUUUUGGUGGAUUCUCUUGUUGUUUUGAGCUGGGUUUCUUUAGUUUCGUGUAGAUAUCUAUUGCUUGGCUUCGAUGUUGUCUAUGUCAUUUGUUUCUGCAUGUUCUUGGAUUGAUUUCAAUUGGGUUUUUCUUCGUUUCAACUUUGUUUUCAUCCAUUUUAGUUGGGUUUUCAGGUUUCUCGGCUAAUACUGGUCAAGGCCAAGAACUCUUACAAUUUGGUCAAUUUAUUUUAAUUUUUGGGAGGAUUCUCAUGUUAUUUUUCGAUUCGGUUUUGCUUACUUUUGUAAAAGUCUAUUGCUUCCAUAUCCUUCGUGGCAUAUCUAAGCUAGUUCUUGAAUUUCAUGUGAAUUGGGUUUGAACUUAAUCUUCAUAUAUUUUAGUGUGGUUUGAAGUUUAUAAGCCAAGCCAAUGCCGGUUCAUGUCAAGGACUCUUAAAUUUUGGUAAAUUUAUUAGAUAUUUGGUGGAUUUUCAUGUUGUUUUUGCUUUCUUUCGGAUUAAAAUCUAUUGCUGCACCAGUACCUGCUUUUAGCCCCAGUUACUGGAAUUGAUAUGUUUUCUCUUUAAUCUAAAUUCCCCUCUGAAUUAUAUUUGUUCAUGCCCGAGAAAUGGUCUUUAAUGCCUUCAAUUGGGGUUGUAGUUUUUUUGCUUCUUUCUCAAUAUAUUAGUAUGGUAGUUAAUUCUGAAUUCUUACUUCAUCAUUUUUCUCUUAUGUGCAUUUUAUAUUCUUUUGGGACCUUUUUAGUUAUCCAUGUGAGUGGUGAGUUGCUCAUUGUAGUGAUCUUCAAACUUCAGGUUUCUACUAUUCUUGGUUUCAUAGUUAUCAUCCAGUUUUUUGUAUUUGUCUAUUAGUAAAUUUGAGUAUUUUUGUCAACUAAGUUGUUAUUAUUGUAUCAAUAACUAUUAGUUAUUUUUGUGUUUGAUGGUAUCAUUUAAUGAUUUUGAUGAGGCAUUUGUGGCAUAGUUGGGAGGACUUGAUGCCCUUAGGCAAGCAUAUGUAUAGUUAAACUCACACGCACAAGCAAUAAUAGAUGACCGAUGUUGUUUUUUUAAUGUUCAAAAUUUUAAUUAUCUACUUUCUAACAGCUUCAAUGGAUGAAACUAUGGGGAGUAUGCCUUCUCAAAAAACUCUAGGGAAUUAUAGAUUGGGAAAGACACUCGGAAUUGGGGCCUUUGGUAAAGUGAAGGUUGCACUUCAUACAACAACAAAGCUAAAAGUUGCUAUUAAGAUCCUUGAUCGCCAAUCUAUUGAUGAUUCGACGGCAGACAGAGUGAAACGAGAGAUUAAUAUAUUGAGGUUAUUUUCACAUCCUCAUAUAGUUCGUCUUUAUGAGGUCAUAGAGACAAGGACAAAAAUUUAUGUUGUCAUGGAGUACAUGAAUUCUGGUGAGCUAUUUGAUUAUAUUACAGAGAAUGAUAGACUCCAAGAGGAUGAGGCUCGCCACUUUUUUCAACAGAUUAUUUCAGGUGUUGAAUGUUGCCAUGUCAAUAUGGUGGUUCACCGAGACCUCAAGCCAGAGAAUUUACUCUUGGAUACAAAACGCAAUGUCAAAGUUGCAGACUUUGGACUCAGCAAUGUGAUGCGUGAUGGUCAUUUUCUCAAAACAAGCUGUGGAAGUCCAAAUUAUGCUGCUCCUGAGGUUAUUUCUGAACAACUAUAUUCUGGUCCUGAGGUUGAUGUUUGGAGUUGUGGUGUCAUUUUAUUUGCUCUUCUCUGUGGAAGGCUUCCUUUUGAUGCUGAUAGUCUUUCGGGUUUAUAUGCAAAAAUAAAGAGUGGAAUAUACACAUUCCCAAAUCAUUUAUCUCGUGCUGCUCGGGAUUUGAUUGCUCGGAUACUUGUAGUAGAUCCGAUCAAACGUAUUUCAAUUCCUGAGAUACGCCGGCAUCCUUGGUUUCAACAGCAUCUUCCCAAAUACAUAGCUCUGCGCACAAUAGAUGCCAUAUACACUACAAAUAAGGUUGAUGAGGAAAUUGUCCAACAGGUGGUAAAGAUAGGCUUUGACAUUAAUGAAGUGAUCCAGUCUCUUCAAAAUAGACUGCAAAAUGAGGCAACAGUUGCAUAUCAUUUGCUGUUGGACAAUCAUUUUCGAAUCCAUUGCAGUUACCUUAAAAAUGAAUUUAUAGAAUCCUUGCCACAGGAUCCCAACCCCACUGAUCAUCCUGAAAUGCAAAUGAGUUCACUGGCUCCCAUGCAACGACAAUGGGCACUUGGAUUGAAGUCUCAAGCACGUCCCAUCGAAACAAUGACAACUGUUUUGAAGGUUUUUGAGAGAUUGAAUGUUAAAUGGAAGAAGAUAGGUCCUUACAACAUGAAAUGUCUUUGGAUACCACCAUUAGCUGCCUAUCCCAAGUUGACAGUUGGCAAUGAUCCUGCACAAGAUCACAUCUAUAGUGUGGAUCCAUCAAUUAUGGCCAUGAACAAAAGAGCAAUUAGAUCGCAAAAUGCUGUGAAGUUUGAAAUUCAGCUUUAUAAAACAAAUGACAAUCGGUAUCUUCUGGAUUCGCAAUUGCUUCAUGGGCCGCCCUUUAUGUUCCUAGAAAUCUGUGCAGCAUUUGUUGGAAUGGCAGCGGCAUAAUUUUGUUCUCAGGGGGUGCCAGGAAUGGAAUGAAGUUCCUGGCCUCGUGGAAUUGGUGUAAUUAUCUGGGUGUAGAUAUCCUGUUACAGAGGGGGAUGGCUCAGAGUCAGGGGGGUAGAGCUAAGAAGCUGGCUCUGAUUCUGAUAGUAAUGCUUAUGUACAUUUGCGUUAAAUAUUCAUACAUAUAUACAAAUGUCCGCUUGCCUAAUUGCAAUA